AGUCAACCCGACAACAUGAAGGCAGUGUUUGCAGUCCUGAGCGUGCUCCUCCUGGCGGCCCUCGCCCUGGCCAGCCCUGAGCCUGAGCCACAGCCCGGCUACGGCGGCUACGGUGGCGGCUAUGGUGGCGGCUACGGUGGCGGCUACGGCGGAUAUGGCGGUGGACGUGGCGGUUAUGGCGGCGGCUACGGCGGCUAUGGCGGUGGACGUGGCGGCUUUGGUGGCGGCUACGGAGGUGGACGUGGUGGUUAUGGUGGCGGUUAUGGUGGCGGUUAUAGUGGCGGCUAUGGUGGCGGCUUUGGCGGUGGACGUGGUGGUUAUGGUGGCGGUUAUGGUGGCGGCUAUGGCGGUGGACGUGGCGGUUAUGGUGGCGGCUAUGGUGGUGGAUAUGGCGGCCAUGGUGGCUACGGACGCUAAGGACGAGGCAAGACGAAGCCCCCACCUGCUUGCUGUGUGUGUGGAGCGAAGGGGUUCAGCUGACGAAAAGACGUUUAGCAAGAGAGAAAAAAAGAGAGAGCUAUGAGAAAAGAAGAGAACCAUUAUUUGAUUCCCCCCCCCCUCGCCCUCCCCCCCACACCAGCACUCCCAAACAACAACCUCCCCAGUGUUUCUUGUUUUUUCUACGAGUCUUGUUUCUAAUAUUUUCUUCAAUAAAAUUUCCAAAACAGUGA